CCUUGUGAUUGAUGUGCUCUGUUCAGGAAGUGCAUCUUCCCUCUGAUUUAGAAGUAAACCAUGUAGGGUGUGAGGAAGGACCAAAUGCACACAUACAAGCAGUUAAAUAACUUUUUUAUGAUGGAUUCACCAACCACCCCGUGAUGACUGUGUGGCCGAGGAUGGUUAGUGGAACCCAGCCGGGUUGUCUCAUCAUUAUUCACACCCCCGGAGCUUUGGGCUGGGUGCCGUCCAGCAUGGUUCUUUGAAAAGCUGUGUGAGGUCCUGGGAGGAAGGGUAUCGUCGAGUCUCCUAGCAAGCACCCUGUCGGAAAGCCUCGCAGGAACUGGAUGAGUCCAGUGCCCCUCGUUCGUGUCUGCUGAGAGCCCGCACAUGGUGGUCUCCGGAAGCUAACAUCUCUGAAGUCAACCGUCCAAGACGAUCUUUAGUUGGCACCCAUGAAGAUGAGGAUCCGUGUCCUACUGCUGCUGUUCCUGUUUGAGGUCCACAGCCACGCAGCCUCAAGGCCCAACUUCGUCCUGCUGAUGGCCGACGACCUUGGCAUCGGAGAUCCUGGCUGCUAUGGGAACGAGACGCUCAGGACGCCCAAUAUUGACCGGUUGGCUGAAGGAGGAGUGAAGCUCACUCACCACCUGGCAGCUUCACCCCUGUGCACACCAAGUAGGGCAGCGUUCAUGACAGGCCGGUACCCCAUCCGAUCAGGAAUGGCAUCUGAGUCCCUCGUGGGGGUGUUUAUCUUCUCGGCCUCUUCUGGAGGACUUCCCACCAGUGAGAUUACCUUUGCCAAGCUUCUCAAGAAUCAAGGCUAUUCAACAGCUCUGAUAGGCAAGUGGCACCUUGGGACAAACUGUCACAACAAGACAGACUUUUGUCACCACCCCUUGAGCCACGGCUUCGACUAUUUCCAUGGGAUCCCCAUGACCAACUUGAGGGACUGCAAGCCCGGAGAAGGCAGCGUCUUCAGUGGGGGCAUCAGGGUGCUGGUCUUCAUCCCCCUUCAGAUCAUUGCGAUCACGCUCCUCACCUUGGCAGUGCUCAAGUUCCUUGGGCUGGCCCAUGUGCCCCCCGGGAUCUUCGUCUGCCUUCUCUGCCUGGCCGCCAUGAUACUCGGCCUUCUGGUGUGCUUCCUGCAUUACUUCCGGCCCCUAAACUGCUUCCUGAUGAGGAACCAUGAGAUCACCCAGCAGCCCAUAUCCUACGACAACCUCACGCAGAGGCUGACGGCGGACGCGGUCCAGUUCAUACAACGGUUGGUAUCGCCUUUUAUCCGGGUGCUGCCUGUUGCCACAUGGUGCUUGGUGAUUUCCAUGGAGGCUGGAGAAACAGGGUGGUCCUUCUAG